AUGUAUGCGUGUCAUGAUCUUAGUGAAGGAUCCGGGGGUGACGCCGUGACUGGCACGCCAGACACGGACCACGAUGACACUGAGGUCAUCACCAUGAAAGAGAUUGAACGUGCGAUUCAAAGUUUGAAAUGUGGUAAGGCUGCGGAACUAGACAGAGUUACUGCUGAAAUGGUCAAGCACGGUGGGCCUAGCGGCUGGGACAGCUUUCAUCUGCUGUGCAAUUUGUGCUGGCGGACGGGAGGUGUCCCGGAUGAUUGGCGAUCCGCGGUCAUUGUGUCUUUAUAUAAAGGUAAAGGUUCACAUUUUGACUGCGGGUGCUAUCGGGCGAUCAGCUUGACCAGUUUAGCAAGUAAAGUUUACUCGAAGGUUUUGACACGUAGGAUGCAAGAGAAAUCGGAAAGAUUCUUAUGGGAGGCACAAUGCGGAUUUAGACCUGGAAGAGGAUGCACGGAUCAAAUGUUUUCUCUCCGCAUGAUCACGGAGAAGCUUCUGAGUGUUAACCAGAAGAUUUUCUGUACUUUUGUGGAUCUGGAGAAAGCAUUUGAUAAGGUUAUAAGGAAGAAAAUGUGGGAACUGUUGCCGGAAUAUGGUGUGGAUGGUCGAUUGUUAAGGGCUGUGCAGUCACUUUACUAUGACUGUAAAGCCUGUGUGCAGGUAGGGCAUGACCUGUCACCCAUGUUUAGCGUCCAAGCGGGCGUAAAACAGGGUUGUGUCAUGUCUUCCUGGCUGUUCAUACUGUAUCUCGACAGCUGUUUACAGAAACUGAAAAAUAGCUGUGCAGGUGGCCGGAGGCCCAAAUCCCCCCCCCCCAUCAACAUGGUAGCGGAAUCAAAUAACGAUCGACUACCCCAGGAGGGUACCAGCACCCCUGGAGAGUCCCUCGCUGAGCAUCCACGACCAUGUUUCUCCACUUCUGAGCGUGGGUGCUCAGGCUGCCCCGCGUAUUCUGGGGGGGGGGGGGGCAAAAUUCCGCUCAAGACUACAACUGCUCGGGGCAAACGGAGCAAUAAGACCAAGGCGACCCCUGCCACGCUGUCCGUGAAUUUCUGCUAUAUCAGGGGACUUCACUCUAACCUAAACGCCGACCACUACCAUCUCGAGACGGCGAGGCCGGCUCUGCUCUUUCUGACCGAGACGCAGGUGUCCUCUCCGACUGAUGUCUCGUAUCUCUCCUACCCGGGGUACAAACUGGAACACUCCUUUGUGCCUCGGGCUGGAGUUUGCGUUUACGUCAGAGAGGACACCUGCUCUCGACGCCUCGGCAGACUUGAAGGUUCGGACCUGUCCAUCCUUUGGCUACGCGUAGACAGCGACCACCAUCUGCGCGUCUACGGGUGCCUCUAUAGGUCCCAUAGCGGUAAUGCCGAAACAGACCGACUAUUCGACCACGUCCAAAUGGCUGCAGAUUCGUUGCUACAGCAGAUCCCCUCCGCAGAGAUCGUGAUCCUCGGCGACUUUAACGCCCAUCACGCCGAAUGGCUUGGUUCACGUUUAACCGAUCAAACGGGGAGAUCUGUUCAUGAUUUUGCCUUGGCAUAUGGUCUGACACAACUGGUUACUUCGCCUACGCGGAUUCCAGAUGUGGAGGAUCAUGCACCUUCCCUGUUGGACCUUCUGCUGACCUCUCAACCGGACGGAUAUCAGAUUUCCGUCGACACCCCUUUAGGCUCCUCGGACCAUUGUCUGGUCCGGAGUGUGGUUCCACUCACGCUGAAAUUGCGGUUGCAUUCUGCAGGCUGCCGCCGUGUUUGGCACUAUAGGUCAGCCGAUUGGGAUGGGAUGCGGUCUUUCUUUGCAUCCUACCCUUGGGGGCGGGUUUGCUUCUCGCCGGACGAUCCCAACGUUGUUGCGGAUUCUGUUGCUGAUGUGGUACUUCAGGGUAUGGAACUUUUUAUUCCUUCCUCUGUGGUGCCCAUUGGAGGCAAGUCUCAGCCAUGGUUUGGUCGCUCCUGUAAAAUAGCAUCAUGCUAUAAGCAGGAGUGCUACAAAGCCUGGGCUGAUGCAUCAGCGUCCCGGGAUGUAAACACUAGCGCUCUAAAAAAGAAGUAUAAUUCCGCCUCUAGGUCCUUCAAAAGAGUCAUUGCCAAGGCAAAGUCAGAGCACAUAGGCAGAAUUGGCGAGAAACUAGCUCACCUUCCUUCUGGAACCCGUGCAUUCUGGUCUCUCGCCAAGGCUGUCCAGGGGAACUUCUGUCAGCCAUCUCUUCCAUCUCUGCACAGGGAGGACGACUCACUGGCCCAUACCGCAAAGGAGAAAGCCGAUCUUCUAGGCUCUUUCUUUGCGUCUAACUCGACUCUCGAUGACGGGGCGAGUACUCCGCCGACCAUCCCGCGGUGUGAGUGCUCCAUGCCGGAAGUGCGCUUCACACAGCGCUCGGUUCGCAAAGCACUCCUCUCCCUGGACAUCCACAAGUCGAGUGAGCCUGACGAAAUCCCUCCAAUUGUGCUGAGGACGUGUGCUCCAGAGUUGGCACCGGUUUUAACGCGUCUUUUCCGGUACUCCUACUCCCUAGGCGUAGUCCCAAAAUCAUGGAAGACGGCUUACGUCCACCCGAUCCCUAAAAAAAGGCGACCGCUAUGA